UCUAUCUAAAACCAAGAGGACACAGGCAGACACUGUCACUGACAGGAAGAAGAGAAGACAAGGACAAACAGACUGAGUACACUCCUUCUCCACCUCUGACUUCUCUGUCUCUCUCUCUUUCUGCAUUUGACCCCUAACCCUAUGGACUUGGGUCCUGCUUAGCUAGGUGUAUUCAGAGUGUGGGAUUUGUACGAAGAUGCAGGCACAGUUGGCGUGUGUGCUUCUCCUCUGUUUGACGUGUGGCAUAUUAUGUUCAGGUAAGCACGGGCAUCCUUUGACAUACUUUCCUUUUGAUGUUAAUUAAUUUGCUACCUUACUGGGUAUUAUAUUGGUUGCAUUAUCAAAUGAUUAGGUUGGAUUUUAACUUGAUAGAACAGGAAAUAGUCUCAGAGACCAGGGACUAACGGAAUUCCUCUAAUCUGAAACAUACUUUUGCAUCAGGUGGAUUUCAUCAUGCACACUUUAGUUAACUUAUCCAUUCACAUCCAUUGAUUAGCCAGACAUUCCUAUCAAGAAGGCAUAACUGCAAUGAGAUAUGCUCUUGCAUAAAGCGGGUGUCAUGUAAAUUGACUCAAUGUUGUCAGAUGAUUUGUAUUUAUAUGUUUUGUAUGUAUUUAGAGCUCAUAAAUUACAUUAUUUUAUUAAAUCAUGUUUCUCAGAAAUUAUACAAAAUUAAAUUAUCCAAAAUGUACAACAUAAGUUUAGUAAGUUGAAAAUCAUUUUCUUCAACCUACUGUACUUGAUAUGUAAAGCUAUGUUUCGAUUUUAUAUAUAUACACACACUACCAGUCAAAAGUUUGGACACACCUACUCAUUCAAGGGUUUUUCUUUAUUUUUAGUAUUUCUACAUUGUAGAAUAAUAGUGAAGACAUCAAAACUAUGAAAAAACACAUAUCGAAUCAUGUAGUAACCAAAAAAGCGUUAAACAAAUCGAAAUAUAUUUUAUAUUUGAGAUUCUUCAAAUAGCCACCCAUUGCCUUGAUGACAGCUUUGCACACUCUUGGAAUUCUCUCAACCAGCUUCAUUAGGUAGUCACCUGGAAUGCAUUUCAAUUAACAGGUGAGCCUUCUUAGAAGUUAAUUUGUGGAAUUUCUUUCCUUCUUAAUGUGUUUGAGCCAAUCAGUUUUGUUGUGACAAGGUAGGGGGGGGGGGGGGGGGUAUACAGAAGAAAGCCCUAUUUGGUAAAAGACCAAGUCCAUAUUAUGGCAAGAACAGCUCAAAUAAGCAAAGAGAAACGACAGUCCAUCAUUACUUUAAGACAUGAAGGUCAGUCAAUAUGGAAACUUUCAAGAACUUUGAACGUUUCUUCAAGUGCAGUCGCAAAAACCAUCAAGCGCUAUGAUGAAACUGGCUCUCAUGAGGACCACCACAAGAGUGGAAGACCCAGAGUUGCCUCUGCUGCAGAGGAUACGGUAAUUAGAGUGACCAGCCUCAGAAAUUGCAGCCCAGAUAAAUGCAUCACAGAGUUCAAGUCACAGACAUAUCUCAACAUCAACUGUUCAGAUGGGACUGUGUGAAUCAGGCCUUCAUGGUCAAAUUGCUGCAAAGAAACCACUACUAAAGGACACCUAUAAGAAGAAGAGACCUGCUUGGGCCAAGAAACAUGAGCAAUGGACAUUAGACCGGUGGAAAUGUGUUCUUUGUUCUGGAGUCCAAAUUUGAGAUUUAGGGUUCCAACCGAUGUGUCUUUGUGAGACGCGGUGUGGGUGAAGGGAUGAUCUCCGCAUGUGUGGUUCCCACCGUGAAGCAUGGAGGAGGAGGUGUUAUUGUGUGGGGGUGCUUUGCUGGUGACACUGUCUGUGAUUUAUUUAGAAUUCAAGGCACACUUAACCAGCAUGGUUACCACAGCAUUCUGCAGCGAUACGCCAUCCCAUCUGGCUUACUGAGACUAUCAUUUUUAUUUAUUUUUUUCUUCACCUUUGUUUAACCAGGUAAGCCAGUUGAGAACAAGUUCUCAUUUACAACUGCGACCUGGCCAAGACAAAGCAAAGCAUUUGUUUUUCAACAGGACAAUGAACCAAAACACCUCCAGGCUGUGUAAGGGCUAGUUUACCAAGAAGGAGAGUGAUGUAGUGCUGCAUCAGAUGACCUGGCCUCCAUAAUCCUCCGACCUCAACCCAAUUGAGAUGGUUUGGGACGAGUCGGACGGCAGAGUGAAGGAAAAGCAGCCAACAAGUGCUCAGCAUAUGUGGAAACUCCUUCAAGACUGCUGGAAAAGCAUUCCAGGUGAAGCUGGUUGAGAGAAUGCGAAGAGUGUGCAAAGCUGUCAUCAAGGCAAAGGGUGUCUAUUUGAAGAAUCUCAAAUAUAAAAUAUAGUUUGAUUUGUUUAACACUUUUUUGGUUACUACAUGAUUCCAUAUGUGUAAUUUCAUAGUUUUGAUGUCUUCACUAUUAUUCUACAAUGUAGAAAAUAGUAAAAAAUUAAGAAAAACCCUUGAAUGAGUAGGUUUGUCCAAACUUUUGACUGGUACUGUAUAUAUAUUGAAAUAUAUACUCCAUAAAUGUAAUAAUACAAUAAAUGCAUUUUCAACAAAUUUUUCGUGUGCAAAGUUCUGGUAGGGUAGACCUGCAGAGCUGUGUUGAAAAUGCAUUUAUUGUAUUAUUAUUUUGUUGCAAUGUAAUACAACACAUUUGCACCAAGUAUCUGCUUCAGUGCUCUGUGCAUGCUUUUGUUCUAGCUCAGCACAGAGCUAAUGUAUCCAUCUAAUUGUUUAAUCAAUGCCCUAGCCUAGGUGACUCAGGUGUUUUAGUGCUGGGGCAGCCAAUUGAAGCUCUCCAGGACAACACAUUGUUCGGUUGAGCUUAUUAAGCACAUAGCUCUGUCAUAGAAACAAACUGUUAUAUAGAUGUUGCUGUGGGAUGUGGUUGAUGGAAAGGGAGGAAUCGAUCUAGCCGCGCCCAAAAAAGCAUUGACUUCCUGGCUUAAGGAGCAAAAGUGAUUUGAUUCAACAUCAAAUGUAGUCAACUUCAACAUCAAGUUCAACAUCUAAUCAACAUUAAGUUAAACAUCUAAGCAAGAUUUGGUUAUCUGAACUCUGUGACACGCUCCAAAAUGGAUGUACAAAAUGUAUUACGUCUUAGCAAGAAAAGCUUUGAGUUGUUUUUGCUUGAGCUUUACUGUCCCGUUUGAUGGGUCACAAUGGAUCAGGCUCUAACAGAACGUUAAUAGUCUUUAAAACAGCUCGUUAGAAAUAGGCUAUGAGGGCUAAAUUGGCACCAAACAGAUAAAUACAUUUGGAUAAAGCUGUUGUAGACUAUGCUAGAAAAACCCAGGUGAUAGAAUCCACGUUUUUACUGAAAUGGUUACUUCAGAAUUGGAGCUGUAUUUUUUGUUAUUAUAUACCUACCUGUAUAAUACCUUUAUACCUGUACUACGAUAAACCUGUAUUCUAACGCUUGUUUUGUGUCUAUCUGAUAGAUGUUGACCAGGAACAGCGGGCGAUAGAGGAGGAGCUGUUGAGCAGUCUCUUCACUUCAAAGGUACUGUGCUGCUUCCUCUAUGCACCUGUCAGAUCUGAGGUGUGUGUGUGUGUGUGUGUGCGCGCACGCGCACAGUUAGUGCCCCCGUAGUGCAGGUGCUCUUUCAUGGAGGCUGGAUAUGUAAUCAUUCUCUCUCUGUUUUUGUUUAAACUUGAAUUGGCGCAUUGUGGAUUCUAUUUGUUCAUAGUUUCACAGGUUUCUGUGUUAGUGUUAAGAUAUAUGGUCUUUGAGAUUAACAUAAUGUUCCAUCUAGAGCAAUCAAUAAUAUUCUAGUGCAUGAAUAAAGCUUUCAAAAUCACUUUUUCUAGUCACUUCAUCACUUUUCAACUCACAAAUGCAUACACACUCACGCACAUGAAUUAUAAAGGGUUGAAAAGGAAAUCAUUCAGGAAUAACAUAAUUGCUUUUUUUAUAUUACCAUUUAUCAUGCGAGAUACUCCGUAGACAGGCAAGAGGAAAUUAAGGAGAUAGAACUGUAACUAGUGAAGCCUGGAGACUGAUUACCUGAGCUAAUACCGUUCAGAUGGUCCUAACAGCAACAUAGCAACACACAUUCACACACACGCACAUACGCGUGCACAAACACACACUCACAUACACUUGCACAUGAGCACACAACAUACACACAUGCGUGAAAUGCACAUGCACACACACUCUCUCCUCCCCACUCUGUCUGAUAAAUGAAUGGAGAUGAGAGGGACACACUGAGACACAAUUAUGACAAAUAACCUAUGUGAUUUAUCGCUUAUGAUGUUUCAAUGGUUUCUUGGGGGGCUGAUUGUAAAAAUAAGUCGCCAGAAGAUUGAUAGAGUGCUCUACAGUCGUGUUCAAAAGUUUUGAGAAUGACACAAGUAUUGGUCUUCACAAAGUUUGCUGCUUCAGUGUUAUGAUAUAUUUUUGUCAGAUGUUACUAUAGUAUACUGAAGUAUGUUUACAAGUAUUCCAUAAGUGUCAAAGGCUUUUGUUGACAAUUACAUUAAGUUUAUGCAAAGAGUCAAUAUUUGCAGUGUUGACUCUUCUUUUUCAAGACCUCUGCAAUCCGCCCUGGCAUGCUGUCAAUUAACUUCUGGGCCACAUCCUGACUGAUGGCAGCCCAUUCUUGCAUAAUCAAUGCUUGGAGUUUGUCCGAAUUUGUGGGUUUUUGUUUGUCCACCCGCCUCUUGAGGAUCGACCACAAGUUCUCAAUGGGAUUAAGGUCUGGGGAGUUUCCUGGCCAUGGACCCAAAAUGUCGAUGUUUUGUUCCCGAGCCACUUAGUUAUCACUUUUGCCUUAUGGCAAUGUGCUCCAUCAUGCUGGAAAAGGCAUUGUUCGUCACCAAACUGUUUUUGCAUGGUUGGGAGAAGUUGCUCUCGGAGGUUGUGUUGGUACCAUUCUUUAUUCAUGGCUGUGUUCUUAGGCAAAAUUGUGAGUGAGCCCACUCCCUUGGCUGAGAAGCAACCCCACACAUGAAUGGUCUCAGGAUGCUUUACUGUUGGCAUGACACAGGACUGAUGGUAGCGCUCACCUUGUCUUCUCCGGACAAGGUGUUUUCCGGAUGCCCCAAAACAAUCGGAAAGGGGAUUCAUCCUCAGCAGUCCAAUCCCUGUACCUUUUGCAGGAUAUCAGUCUCUCCCUGAUGUUUUACCUGGAGAGAAGUGGCUUCUUUGCUGCCCUUCUUGACACCAGGCCAUCCUCCAAAAGUCUUUGCCUCACUGUGCGUGCAGAUGCACUCACACCUGCCUGCUGCCAUUCCUGAGAAAGCUCUGCACUGGUGGUGCACCGAUCCCGCAGCUGAAUCAACUUUAGGAGACGGUCCUGGUGCUUGCUGUACUUUUUUGGGCACCCUGAUGCCUUCUUCACAACAAUUUAACCUCUCUCCUUGAAGUUCUUGAUGAUCCGAUAAAUGGUUGAUUUAGGUGCAAUCUUACUAGCAGCAAUAUCCUUGCCUGUGAAGCCCUUUUUGUGCAAAGCAAUGAUGACGGCACGUGUUUCCUUGCAGGUAACCAUGAUUAACAGAGGAAGAGCAAUGAUUUCAAGCACCACCCUCCUUUUAAAGCUUCCAGUCUGUUAUUCUAACUCAAUCAGCAUGACAGAGUGAUCUCCAGCCUUGUCCUCGUCAACACUCUCACCUGUGUUAACGAAAUAAUCACUGACACGAUGUCAGCUGGUCCUUUUGUGGCAGGGAUGAAAUGCAGUGGAAAUGUUUUUUGGUGAUUAAGUUCAUUUUCAUGGCAAAGAGGGACUUUGCAAUUAAUUGCAAUUAAUCUGAUCACUCUUCAUGACAUUCUGGAGUAUAUGCAAAUUGCCAUCAUCAAAACUGAGGCAGCAGACUUUGUGAAAAUUAGUAUUUGUGUCAUUCUCAAAACUUUUGACCACGACUGUAGAUUAGAAGACACUAGAGAGGCAGUAUUGUAGCAGACACUUGUGGCUUUGUCUUUUCCUUUUUCCUUUUACACACAGAUUAUAAACAGAUUAUACAUGGUUAGGUUUGCUAAUGUUGGAAUAGGUUGACUGUUGUUUCAAUGACACUUGUUUGCAGGCUGUGAAACAACAGUUUUGUUAUUUCAUAAAGUAUCUGUAAGGUAAAUUUAUAACUGCUGCAUGCAUAUGCCGACACUUGAUUUUCUAAAUAGAAAAUAAUGGAAUUAGAACAUAGACUGAUGACUAAAUCAAUUGGUAAGGUGAGAUCAAUUACAUUUUCCAAGUUCUGGAUAUACCAGUAGUCAUUGUGUUAAUAAUGGCUGAUGUAGAAAUCUAGCCAGUGACUAAUCUCGCCACCCAGUACUGCCAGUGACAGACAAUUCAAUAGAAAUGGGGACACGGGCCAUUUGAAAUGGCAGUUAGUCCCUCUCCUCUGGAUGCUGGCAUUAUUGGACUGCUCAUUAAAACUAUUUUCUGUCCCUCAAUAAUUAACUGACGAUGAGAGAGAACACACUGUCGAAAGAAGGGGCUACAUCAAAAUGUAAUGUGAAAUGACCUUUUCACACAAUUAAAAGUGUACCUACCUCUCGUCUCACCACUCAGUGUCUUAACAAACUAUUAAUUUGAAAGUAAACGAGAGCUAAUUUGUAUUUGAGGGAGGUAGGGUUUUCUAAAUGUCAAUAUUGUAAGGAACUCUCAGGAGUAUCCAGCCAGACUAAGACAUCCUUUCUGUCUUGUCUCUGGGGGGGUUAUCCUCAGUCUGCUCAGUACAAUACAAUCCACUCUGUGACAUUUCUCCCCCAUGGCCUCCAAAUCCAUAUAUAAUAUCUAACAACUCUCAACAAUGGAGAUGUAGAAAAUAAAAGUGUUGUCCCUUGCCAUCCAUAAAGGAAAGCUGAUAGGUGAGAUGGGGUUUAAAGUGAUUUAGAAGCAUCAAUCUUCUGUUCCUUACAACUCUGUUCAUCAUUCUCAGUGACACCCGGGAGGGAGUCUGGGCUGUGCAGUGUUAACGAGUCGGCCCACGCACAGGGGCCCCCACGGGCACCGACAGGGGCCUCACACCAUCCAACACCACACGCUCAAACUAGAUUAUGACACAGCAGGCUUGAAGCUAGUUGAGAAUAGAUCUGACUGAUCUAUUGCCAUGAGAGAAUGCAAAGGUGCAAAGGCAAUGCACACUUAUACACACACACACAUGCACACACACGUAUGUCUUUAUGUAUGUCUUAGUCCUAGUAUUUAUUUAUUUGCUCCUCCCAGAUGAAACAGAGCAAGCAGGGCGCCCCCUACUGGCGUGUGUCCCUGGUGAACGUGUGCAGGAUGGUGAACAGCCUGAUGAACAGCCGGUCAUGGAGAGAACAGGAGGAGUAUAACACUGAGGAGAAGAUGGGGGAGAGGCUGGCCUCCCUUCCUGAGCCACUGGACGAGCUUCUAGACCUGCAGCACAUCUGCAAAGUGCUGCAACCCCGAGAGGUGAGGGACACUCACAUUUGGAUGCAUGCAUACAUACAAACACUGGGACGCACAGAAAUGGAUGCACACACCGACAGCUACAAAAACAUUUGAGUAGAAAAUCUGUCAUGCAUACAUAUACAUUUCAAGUGAGUCACACAAACACACACACAGUAAACAAGCACACGGAUAAGCACUCUAGGGCCUAGAUUCAAUCAGAUCAAGCGUUAACUGGCGAUAGCAGACACCCGCAUAGCAGAUGUUUUGGCGGAGUUGGAACUGCGUUGGCACCGUCAAAUUUGUGAGCAGCUGCUCUUGCUAUCAUUGUCAUGAAGCCACAACCACCCCACUCAUGUUAGAUGUUCAAAACGAGAACGUGUAGGCUAUAUAGAAAUAACGACGCUCAAAUCGAAAAAUCAUUAAACUAAAUAAUGAGGAUUUAUAUCUUCCUAAUUGAGGUGUAGAUUACAUCUCACAUUCCAGUGUUCAAACUUGUAAACAAGGCUGGAUGGGAUUUCUGUUAAUGUGACUCCGUGCAGCCAAUGGCAAUGUCCGUUUUAGGUGUAAUGCCAGGAGCCACUUGUGCAUUUGACUGCUCUAACACAGUUCCACCUCCGACACCGUCAAAACAACCACUAUGCGGAUGUUGGCUAAAGUGGAUCUGAUUGAAUCGAGCCCAUAGUCUACAGCAGGGAUGGGCAACUCCUCGGGAGCGGAGUGGUGUCACACUUUUUCCCCAUCCCUAGCAAGCACAGCUGAUUAAACUAAUUGCAUUCUAAACAGAAAAUCAUGAUCAGUUGAUUAUUGGAGUCAGGUGUGUUAGCUGGGGCAAAAGUGUGACACCAAACAGGCCCCCGACUACUCUACAGGGAGAAGCAUCUCAUACACACACAAAGACACAAAAAUAGGACCACACACAUACCACUCACUCACGCUCACCCUUGAUGAGCAUCCAUCCCGGGCCCCUCACAACGGUAAACACACCUCAUUAAAUGCCUCUCCUCCUCCUCCUUGUCUCUUUUCUCAAGCUUCUCCAUCAUGUUGGGGCGGUAGGUAGCUUAGUGGUUAAGAGCAUUGGGCCAGUAAUCAAAAGGUUGCUGGUUCGAAUCCCCAAGCCGACUAGGUGAAAAAUCUGUUGAUGUGCCCUUGAGCAAGGCACUUAACCCUAAUUGCUCCUGUAAGUCGCUCUGGAUAAGAGCGUCUGCUAAAUUACAAAAAUGUAAGGUUGAUGUGCACAUUGUCUACUCAUCAUGGUCGAGGACUCUUUUGCCUGGCUAUACAGAUUAGUACUUGCUUUAUCAUGCAUGGAAGAACACACUAAACACUUGUUUAAGGGCUCUAUUUAAACAGAUCUGCUUAAGCCAACCUCGGCAUAGUGGUUGUUUUUGGCAGUGUCAGAAGUGGAACUGCGUUAGAGUUGUCAAAUCCACAAGCGGCUCCUGUCAUUAUAUAUAUAUAAAUACAUUGCCAUUAGAUGCACGGAGUCGCAUUACGAGAAAUCCAAUGCAGCCUUGUUUACAAGUUCGAACACUGGAAUGUGAGAUGUAAUCUACACCUCGAUAUUAUUUCUAUAUAGCCACUUUCUCGUUCUGAACUUCUAACGCGAGUGGGACAGGUGUGGCUUCAUGACAAUGAUCAAGAGCAGCUGUUCACCGAUUUGACAGCUCCAACGCAGUUACACCUCAGACACUGCCAAAACAUCAGCGCUUAACAAUUGAUCUGAUUGAUCUAGGCCUAACACACAGCUGCAUAGUGUGCUAUAUAUGGAAUAUAUACUGAACAAAAAUAUAAACGCAACAUGCAACAAUUUCAAACAUUUUACUGAGUUACAGUUCAUAUGAGUAAAUCAGUCAAUUGAAAUAAAUUCAUUAGGCCCUAAUCUAUGGAUUUCACAUGACUGGGAAUACAGAUAUGCAUCUGUUGGUCAGAGAUACCUUAAAAAUAAUGGACCUCAGGAUCUUGUCACAGUAUUUUUGUGCAUUCAAAUUGCCAUCGAUAAAAUGCAAUUGUGUUUGUUGUCCGUAGCUUAUGCCUGCCCAUAUCAUAACCCCACCGCCACCAUGGGGCACUAUGUUCACAGCGUUGACAUCAGAAAACCGCUCGCACACACAACGCCAUACACAUGGUCAGCGGUUGUGAGGCCGGUUGGAUGUACUCCCAAAUUCUCUAAAACUACGUUGGAGGCGGCUUAUGGUAGAGAAAUUAACAUUACAUGGUGAACAUUCCUGCAGUCAGCAUGCCAAUUACACUCUCCCUCAAAACUUGAGACAUCUGUGGCAUUGUGUUGUGUGACAAAACUGCACAUUUUAGAGUGGCCUUUUAUUGUCACCAGCACAAGGUGCACCUGUGUAAUGAUCAUGCUGUUUAAUCAGCUUCUUGAUAUGCCACACUUGUCAGGUGGAUGGAUAAUCUUUGCAAAGGAGAAAUGCUCCCUAACAGGGAUGUAAACAAAUUUGUGCACAAAAUUUGAGGAACAUUUCUGGGAUAUUUUAUUUCAGCACAUGAAACAUGGGACCAACACUUUAUAUGUUGUGUUUAUAUUUUUGUUCAAUGUAUAUGGAAUAAACUUGUUUUCAUGGCAUUAUGCACCGCGGAAGAGUCUCAGGAGUGGCUUAUUCUGUCUUUCUUUACAGAUGCUUGACGGCUCUCAAGAGUACUUAGACGCCGAUCAAAACAGUGACAACCCGCUCAAAAGGAAAUCACCGUAUAUUUUUAAGAGGCAAGUGAAAAACACCAAAGCACGGAGGCCGUACAUAUUGAAGCGGAGUUCAUUUUACUGACCCACCCCCAGGAAGAGAAAGAAAGACACUAUACAUUCUGUGGAUAUGUGACUGUAUGUGCUCUCUGUUGUCGCAUUAUUAUUGAUGUUUCCUCGGUGUCCUGCCAAUACAGAUGAUAUCUCAAUCCUGUGUCCAUCGCUAUAGGUCUCUACUAACAUUCUAGGCCUACUCCUACUGCAUAAAGUGAGGACUAAUGUAAAUAAAAGCUAACAAAAGCAGUAAGCAAAUGUGUAUCUUUUGAGAAGCUUUAUAUUUGUUAUAUUAGU